AUGAUUGUCCAGGAAGUGGUCCGCAUAGUAUUCCUGGUGGCUCUUCUGCACUCUUCCCUAGCUGGAGAUGGGACCCCCCAGUCCGAGAGCAGGGCUGAGGAGAUUCCGGAGGGGGCGUCCACUUUGGCUUUUGUGUUUGAUGUGACUGGCUCCAUGUAUGAUGAUUUAGUUCAGGUUAUUGAAGGGGCUUCCAAAAUUUUGGAGACGUCUUUGAAAAGACCCAAGAGGCCGCUGUUCAACUUUGCCUUGGUGCCUUUCCAUGACCCAGAAAUUGGUCCAGUGACAAUUACCACAGAUCCCAAAAAAUUUCAGUAUGAACUCAGAGAAUUGUAUGUUCAGGGAGGUGGUGAUUGUCCAGAAAUGAGUAUUGGAGCUAUAAAAAUUGCCUUGGAAAUUUCUCUUCCUGGUUCCUUCAUCUAUGUUUUUACUGAUGCACGAUCCAAGGACUAUCGGCUCACCCAUGAGGUGUUGCAGCUUAUUCAACAGAAACAAUCCCAAGUGGUAUUUGUGCUCACUGGAGACUGUGAUGACAGGAAUCAUAUUGGAUACAAAGUCUAUGAAGAAAUUGCCUCCACAAGUUCUGGUCAAGUGUUCCAUCUGGACAAAAAGCAAGUGAAUGAGGUCCUCAAGUGGGUGGAGGAAGCAGUGCAGGCCUCCAAAGUGCACCUCUUGUCCACCGAUCAUUUGGAACAGGCUGUAAAUACUUGGAAAAUUCCUUUUGAUCCCAGCCUCAAAGAAGUGACCGUGUCCCUGAGUGGCCCUUCUCCCGGGAUUGAAAUUCGCAACCCUUUCGGGAAGCUGAUAAAAAAGGGAUUUGGCUUGAAUGAGCUGUUAAAUAUCCAUAACUCUGCCAAAGUGGUGAAUGUCAAAGAGCCUGAAGCUGGAAUGUGGACAGUGAAGACCUCCAGCAGUGGAAGGCAUUCUGUUCGCAUCACCGGUCUCAGCACUAUUGAUUUCCGAGCUGGCUUCUCCCGAAAGCCCACGCUGGACUUCAAAAAAACAAUGAGCAGACCAGUGCAAGGGGUACCUACCUACGUGCUACUGAACACUUCUGGGAUCUCCAGGCCAGCUAGAGUAGAUCGUCUUGAACUUCUGAGUAUCUCAGGGGGGUCUCUUAAGACCAUUCCUGUAAAAUAUUACCCAGACCGGAAACCUUAUGGCAUCUGGAAUAUUUCUGACUUCGUUCCACCAGAUGAAGCUUUCUUUCUUAAAGUGACAGGCUAUGACAAAGAUGAUUAUCUCUUCCAGAGAUUUUCGAGUGUUUCAUUUUCCAGCAUUGUCCCAGAUGCUCCCAAAGUUACCAUGCCCUCGAGAACCCCAGGAUACUACCUGCAGCCUGGCCAAAUACUCUGUUCAGUUGACAGUCUUCUGCCCUUUACCUUGAGCUUUGUGAGAGAUGGAAUCGCACUGGGAGUAGACCAAUAUUUAAAAGAAUCUGCCAGUGUGAACUGGGACUUCAAAAAGGUCACCUUGUCUGAUGAAGGCUUCUAUGAGUGUACCGCUGUGAGCAGCGCAGGAACUGGAAGGGCACGGACAUUUUUUGAUGUAUCAGAGCCACCUCCAGUCAUCCAAGUGCCUAAUAAUGUUACCGUCACUCCUGGAGAAAAAGCAGUAUUGGCAUGUUUUGUCAUCAGUGCUGUGGAUUACAAUCUCACUUGGCAGAAGAGUGGUAGAGACGUGCGGCUCGCAGAUUCUGCAAGAAUUAGGACCUUGGCCAACCUCUCGCUGGAGCUGAGGAGUGUAAAAAUUGGUGAUGCUGGGGAGUACCGCUGUAUGGUUUCCAGUGAAGGUGGAUCAGCCGCUGCUUCGGUUUUCCUCAUAGUGCAAGAAAAACCCAAAGUCACUGUGAUGCCCAAGAAUCAGUCUUUCACAGGAGGAUCUGAGGUCUCCAUCAUGUGUUCAGCAACAGGUUAUCCCAAGCCGAAGAUUGUCUGGACUGUUAAUGAGGUGUUUAUCAUGGGUUCACACAGAUACAGGAUGACCCCAGAAGGUACUUUAUUCAUCAAGAAUGCUGUUCCCAAAGAUGCAGGGACCUAUGGUUGCCUGGCCAGCAAUGAGGCCGGAACAGAUCAACAAACUUCUACUCUCAGAUACAUCGAAGCCCCAAAGUUGGUGGUAAUUCAGAGUGAGAUCUUGGUGGCCCUUGGGGAUACAACAGUUAUGGAAUGUAAAACUUCUGGGGUUCCCCCACCUCAAGUAAAGUGGUUCAAAGGAGAUCUUGAGUUGAGGCCAUCAACAUUCCUCAGUAUUGACCCUCUCAUGGGAAUUUUGAAGAUUCAAGAAACACAAGAUCUGGAUGCUGGUGAUUAUACCUGUGUAGCCAUCAAUGAUGCUGGAAGAGCAACAGGCAGACUAACUCUGGAUGUAGGCUUAUCUCCUACAAUUGCUGGUGUAGAGAGCGAUGGCAGCCCUGAAGAUGUCAUUGUCAUCCUUAACAGCCCCACUUCUUUAGUGUGUGAGGCAUAUUCCUAUCCACCAGCUACCAUCACCUGGUUCAAGGAUGGAGCGCCUUUAGAAUCCAACCGAAAUAUUCGGAUUCCUCCAGGAGGCCGUACUCUGCAGAUCCUAAAUGCGCAGGAAGACAAUGCUGGCAGGUACUCAUGUGUGGCCACCAAUGAGGCUGGGGAAAUGAUAAAGCACUAUGAAGUGAAGGUCUACAUUCCACCCAUAAUCAAGAAAGGGGACCUUUUGGGGCCAGGUCUUUUCCCUAAAGAAGUGAAGAUUAGGGUGAACAGCAGCCUGACCCUGGAGUGUGAAGCUUAUGCGAUUCCUUCUGCCUCCCUCCGCUGGUACAAGGAUGGACAGCCCCUUGAAUCAGAUGAUCAUGUUAACAUCGCCGCAAAUGGGCAUACUCUUCAAAUAAAGGAAGCUCAAAUAUCAGACACUGGACGGUACACUUGUGUUGCAUCUAACCUUGCAGGUGAAGACGAGUUGGAUUUUGAUGUGAAUAUCCAAGUUCCUCCAAGUUUUCAGAAACUCUGGGAAAUCGGAAACAUGCUAGAUACUGGCAGGACUGGUGAAGCCAAAGAUGUGAUUGUUAACAACCCCAUUUCUCUGCACUGCGAGACAAACGCUGCUCCUCCCCCAACUCUGACAUGGUACAAAGAUGGCCGACCUCUGACCUCCAGUGACAGAGUACUGAUUUUGCCAGGAGGGCGAGUGUUGCAGAUUCCCCGGGCCAAAGUAGAAGAUGCCGGAAGGUACACAUGCGUAGCUGUGAAUGAGGCUGGAGAAGAUUCCCUUCAAUAUGACGUCCGUGUACUCUUGCCACCAGUUAUCAAGGGAGCAAACGGUGAUCUCCCAGAAGAGGUCACCGUGCUAGUGAACAAGAGUGCACAGAUGGAAUGUUCAUCCAGCGGUAGCCCAACACCCAAGAAUUCCUGGCAGAAAGAUGGACAGUCCUUAUUAGAAGAUGAGCAUCAUAAGCUCCUAUCUGAUGGCAGGAUUCUUCAGAUUCUAAAUGCUCAAAUAACAGAUAUUGGGAGGUAUGUGUGUGUUGCGGAGAACACAGCUGGGAAUGCCAAAAAGUACUUCAACCUCAAUGUUCAUGUUCCUCCAAGCGUCAUUGGUCCUAACCGUGACCAGCUCUCUGUGGUGGUGAACCAUUUCAUCUCUUUGACCUGCGAAGUUUCUGGUUUUCCCCCUCCUGACCUCAGCUGGCUCAAGAAUGAACAGCCCAUCAAGCCAAACACUAAUGUUCUCAUUGUGCCUGGUGGUCGAACUCUACAGAUUAUUCGGGCCAAGGUAUCUGAUGGCGGUGAAUACACCUGCAUUGCUAUCAACCAAGCCGGAGAAAGCAAGAAGAAAGUUUCUCUGACUGUUCAUGUACCCCCGAGUAUUAAGGAUCAUGGCAGCGAGUCUCUUUCUGUAGUUAAUGUGAGAGAGGGGACCUCAGUGUCGUUGGAAUGCGAGUCAAAUGCUGUCCCUCCUCCAGUCAUCACCUGGUCUAAGAAUGGGCGGAUAAUAACGGAUUCUACCCACGUGGAGAUUUUAACUGGUGGACAAAUGCUACACAUCAAGCAAGCUGAGGUGUCUGACACAGGCCAGUAUGUAUGUAGAGCUAUAAAUGUAGCAGGACGAGAUGAUAAAAAUUUCCACCUCAAUGUAUAUGUGCCUCCCACUAUUGAAGGGCCUGAAAGCGAAGCAGUUGUGGAGACCAUCAGCAAUCCAGUGACACUGACGUGUGACGCCACUGGGAUCCCGCCUCCCACCAUAACAUGGUUAAAGAACCACAAGCCUCUCGAAAAUUCUGACCCACUUGAGGUUAACAUUUUAUCUGGAGGAACUAAACUGCAAAUUGGCCGACCUCAGCAUUCAGAUAGUGGAAACUACACCUGUGUUGCAGCCAAUAUGGAAGGAAAGGCUCAGAAAAACUACAUCCUUUCCAUUCAGGUUCCUCCAAGUGUUGCUGGUGCUGAAGUUCCAAGUGAAGUCAGUGUCCUUGUCGGGGAAAAUGUUGAGCUAGUCUGCAAUGCAGAUGGCAUUCCUGCCCCACGUCUUCAGUGGCUUAGGGAUGGAAAACCCAUAGUGAACGGUGAAACAGAGAGAAUCAGGGUCACUGCAAAUGGGAGCACUUUAAAUAUUUACAGAGCUCUCACAUCCGACACGGGGAAGUACACGUGUGUGGCCACCAACCCCGCUGGAGAAGAAGACCGGAUAUUUAACUUGAAUGUCUAUGUUCCACCUAAAAUUAGAGGUAAUAAGGAAGAGGCAGAGAAACUGAUGGCUCUGGUAGACACGUCAAUAAAUAUUGAAUGCAAAGCCACGGGAACACCUCCGCCGCAGAUCAACUGGCUGAAGAAUGGCCUUCCCCUGCCCCUCUCCUCCCACAUUCGCUUGCUGUCGGCAGGGCAGGUUGUCAGGAUCGUGAGAGCUCAGGUGUCUGAUGUUGCUGUCUACACUUGUGUGGCCUCCAACAGAGCUGGGGUAGACAGUAAGCACUACAGCCUUCAAGUCUUCGUGCCACCAAAUAUGGACAAUGCAAUGGGGACAGAGGAAAUCACCAUCGUCAAAGGCAGUUCUACUUCUAUGACGUGCUUUACAGAUGGAACCCCAACUCCUAGUGUGUCCUGGCUCAGAGAUGGCCAGCCUCUGCUGCUUGAUGCUCACCUGACCAUCGGCACUCAAGGGAUGGUGCUUCAGCUCAUCAAGACAGAAACUGAGGAUUCUGGGAGAUACACCUGCAGUGCCUCAAAUGAAGCUGGAGAAGUCAGCAAGCAUUUUGUCCUGAAAGUUCUAGAACCACCUCACAUCAAUGGAUCUGAAGGACCUGGAGAGGUGUCCGUAAUUGUGAAUAACCCACUUGAACUGUCCUGCAUUGCUUCUGGAAUCCCUGUCCCAAAAGUUUCCUGGAUGAAAGAUGGCCGGCCCUUUCCACAGACAGAUCAAGUACAGACUCUAGAAGGAGGAGCCAUUCUUCGAGUGUCCAGGGCUCAAGUGGAGGAUACAGGAAGAUAUACCUGUCUGGCAUCCAGUCCUGCAGGAGAUGCUGAUAAAGAAUAUUUAGUGAGAGUACAUGUGCCUCCUAACAUCGCUGGAAUGGAUGAAUCGCAGGACUUCACUGUGUUAAGAAACAGACAGGUGACUUUGGAAUGCAAAUCAGAUGCAGUGCCCCCACCUGUGAUCAUGUGGCUCAAAAAUGGGGAGCAGUUACAGGCAACACCUCGAGUAAGAAUCCUAUCUGGAGGAAGAUACUUACAAAUUAAUAAUGCAGACCUUGGAGACACAGCCAAUUAUACCUGCGUGGCCAGUAACAUCGCAGGAAAGACGAAAAGAGAAUUUCUCCUCACUGUAAAUGUUCCUCCAAGCAUCAGUGGUGGUCCCCAGAGCCUUGUCACUCUCCUAAAUAAGUCAGUUGCACUGGAAUGCCUUGCAGAAGGUGUGCCAACCCCACGGAUAACAUGGAGAAAGGAUGGAGCUGUGCUAGCUGAGAGCCAUGCGAGAUACUCAGUCUUGGGAAAUGGAUUUCUUCAUAUUCAAUCAGCACAUGUCGCAGAUACCGGACGGUAUUUGUGUAUGGCGACCAAUGUGGCUGGAACAGACCGUAGACGGAUAGAUCUUCAAGUCCAUGUUCCUCCAUCUGUUGCUAUGGGUCCAACCAAUGUAACCGUAACAGUGAAUGUCCAAACGACUCUGGCCUGUGAAGCUACUGGGAUACCAAAACCGUCAAUCAAAUGGAGAAAAAAUGGGCAACUUCUUAAUGUAGAUCAAAAUCAAAAUUCAUACAGGCUCCUCUCUUCAGGUUCACUUGUAAUCAUAUCCCCCUCUGUGGAGGACACCGCCAGUUACGAGUGCACUGUGACAAGUGAGGCUGGAGAGGACAAGAGAACAGUGGAUCUCACUGUCCAAGUUCCUCCCACCAUAGCUGACGAGCCUAUGGAUUUCCUGGUAACCAGACAGGCCCCAGCAGUCAUGACCUGCUCUGCAUCUGGGGUUCCAGCUCCCUCAGUUCACUGGACCAAAAAUGGCAUAAGACUGCUUCCCAGAGGAGAUGGCUAUCGGAUUCUGUCCUCAGGAGCAAUUGAGAUAUUUGCGGCCCAGUUAAGCCACGCAGGGAGAUACACUUGCAUUGCUAGGAAUACGGCCGGCUCCGCACACCGGCACGCCACCCUCCGUGUUCAAGAGCCUCCAGUCAUUCAGCCCCAGCCGAGCGAACUGGAUGUCAUUCUGAACAACCCCGUCCUGCUACCAUGUGACGCGACAGGAAUACCCAAUCCAUUCAUUACUUGGCAGAAGGAGGGCAUCAACGUCAUUACCUCAGGCAAAGGCCUUGCUGUUCUUCCUAGUGGCAGCUUACAGAUCUCCAGAGCUGUUCGAGAGGACGCUGGCACUUACAUGUGUGUGGCUCAGAACCCAGCUGGAACGGCCUUGGGCAAAAUCAAGCUGAAUGUACAAGUUCCCCCAGGCAUUAGUUCUCGCCAAAAGGAGUAUGUUGUUACAGUGGAUAAGCCUGUCUCUCUACUGUGUGACGCAGAGGGCUUCCCACCCCCUGACAUCUCCUGGCACAAAGAUGGCCAUGCCCUCACGGAAUCCAUCCGCCAGCGCAUCCUGAACUCGGGCGCGCUGCAGAUAGCCUUUGCUCAGUCUGGUGAUGCCGGUCAGUACACGUGCACGGCAGCCAACGUGGCGGGGUCCAGCAGCGUGAGCGCCACACUCACCGUCCAUGUGCCACCUAGAAUCCAAAGUACAGAAGUACACUACGCAGUCAACGAGAACUCGCAAGCUGUUCUCCCAUGCCUUGCUGAUGGAAACCCCACGCCUGCAAUUCACUGGGAAAAAGACAGUGUUCUCAUUGCCAACUCUUUAGGGAAAUACACUGCUCAGCCAUAUGGGGAGCUCAUCUUGGAAAAUGUUGUGCUGGAAGAUUCUGGAACCUACACAUGUGUUGCCAACAAUGCUGCUGGUGAAGACACACAUACUGUGACCCUGACUGUGCACGCCCUUCCCACCUUCACUGAGCUGCCUGGGGACCUGUCAUUGAAUAAAGGAGAGCAGCUACGGUUAAGUUGCAAAGCCACUGGCAUCCCGUUGCCCAAACUAACAUGGACCUUCAACAACAAUAUUAUUCCAGCUCACUUUGACAGCGUCAAUGGACACAGUGAACUUGUUAUUGAAAAGGUUUCAAAGGAGGACUCAGGCACUUACGUGUGCACAGCGGAGAACAGCGUUGGCUUUGUAAAAGCCAUUGGAUUUGUUUAUGUGAAAGAGCCUCCAGUCUUCAAAGGUGAUUACCCCUCCAACUGGAUUGAACCGCUUGGUGGUAAUGCAAUCCUAAACUGCGAGGUGAGAGGAGACCCUGCCCCAACUAUCCAGUGGAGCCGCAAGGGGGCUGGCAUAGAGAUUAGUCACAGGAUCCGACAGCUGGGCAACGGCUCCUUGGCCAUCUACGGAACCGUGAAUGAAGACGCUGGCGACUAUACGUGCGUAGCUGCCAAUGAGGCCGGGGUGGUGGAGCGCAGCAUGAGCCUGACUCUGCAGAGUCCCCCCAUUAUCACUCUUGAGCCAGUGGAAACUAUUGUGGAUGCUGGUGACAGAGUCGUAUUGGACUGUCAAGCAACUGGUGAACCUCAGCCAACCAUCACAUGGUCCCGCCAAGGACACUCCAUCUCCUGGGACAACCGACUUAGCAUGCUGUCUAACGGCUCAUUAUACAUCGCGGCUGCUUGCAAGGAAGACACCUCUGAAUAUGAAUGUGUUGCCCGAAACUUGAUGGGCUCUGUCCUUGUCAGAGUGCCCGUCAUCGUCCAGGUGCAUGGUGGGUUUUCGUUGUGGUCACCCUGGAGGUCGUGCAGUGUCACCUGUGGAAGAGGCAUCCAAAAGAGGAGCCGACUGUGCAACAACCCACUUCCAGCCAAUGGUGGUAGACCAUGCCAGGGGUCAGAUUCAGAAACACGACACUGUCAGAAUAAGCUGUGUCCAGUGGACGGCCACUGGUCAGAAUGGAGCUUCUGGGAAGAAUGCACAAGGAGCUGUGGGCAUGGCAACCAAACCAGGACCAGAACUUGCAGUAACCCGUCGGCUCAGCACGGUGGGCGGCCAUGUGUGGGACAGGCUGUGGAAAUCAUCAUGUGUAACAAUAGGCCUUGCCCAGUUCAUGGAGUGUGGAGUGCUUGGCAGCCUUGGGGUACGUGCAGCAGAAGUUGUGGGAAAGGCAGUCAGACAAGAACAAGACUUUGCAACAACCCACCACCAUCAUUUGGGGGAGCCUAUUGCAGUGGAGCAGAAACUCAGAUGCAAGUCUGCAAUGAGAGACACUGUCCAGUUGAUGGGAAGUGGGCAGCGUGGGCCAGUUGGAGUGCCUGCACUGUAUCCUGUGGAGGAGGAGCCAAGAAGAGAACAAGGGACUGUUCUGACCCAGUGCCACAGUAUGGAGGAAGCAAAUGUGCAGGCAGCGCUAUCCAGAGUGAUUUUUGCAAUAGUGACCCUUGUCCAACCCAUGGUAACUGGAGCCCUUGGAGUAGCUGGGGCACUUGCAGCCGGACCUGCAAUGGAGGACAGAUGCGGAGGCACCGCAUGUGUGAUAAUCCACGUCCCUCCAAUGGAGGAAGAGCCUGUGGGGGAGCGGAUACUCAGAUCCAUAGGUGCAACACUGACGUGUGUCCUGUGGAUGGAAGUUGGGGGACAUGGCAUAGUUGGAGCCAGUGUUCUGUCUCUUGCGGAGGUGGUGAAAGGACUCGAAAGAGGCUAUGUGACAAUCCAGUGCCAUCUAAGACUGGCCGUUCCUGUCCAGGUGAUGCCACCCAGGUAUCCAGGUGCAACAUGCAGGCGUGUCCAGGUGGACCCCAGCGAGCCAGAGGAAGUGUUAUUGGGAAUAUUAAUGACAUUGAAUUUGGAAUCGCUUUUCUUAAUGCCACAAUAACCGAGAGCCCUAACUCUGAUACAAGAAUAAUACAGGCCAAGAUUACCAAUGUGCCUCGCAGUCUUGGUCCAGCAAUGAGAAAGAUUAUUUCUAUCCUAAAUCCCAUUUACUGGACAACAGCAAAGGAAAUGGGAGAAGCAGUCAAUGGUUUUACCCUCACUAAUGCAGUCUUCAAAAGAGAGACACAAGUGGAAUUUGCAACUGGAGAGGUCUUGCGAAUGACGCAUGUGGCUCGGGGAUUGGAUUCUGACGGCGCCUUGCUGCUUGAUGUCGUUGUGAGUGGCUAUGUCCUUCAGCUCCAGACACCUGCAGAAGUCAGUGUGAAGGAUUACACAGAGGAUUACAUUCAAACAGGACCUGGGCAGCUGUACGCCUACUCAACACGGCUCUUCACCAUCGAUGGCAUCAGUGUCCCCUACACAUGGAACCACACCAUUUUCUAUGAUCAGGCCUGGGGGAAAAUGCCCUUCUUAGUGGAAACACUUCACGCAUCUUCUGUGGAGUCUGACUACAACCAAUUGGAAGAGACAUUGGGUUUUAAAAUCCACGCUUCAAUUUCCAAAGGAGAUCGCAGUAACCAGUGCCCCUCUGGGUUCACCUUAGACUCAGUCGGACCCUUUUGUGCUGAUGAAGAUGAAUGCACAGCAGGGAAUCCCUGCUCCCACACCUGCCACAAUGCCAUAGGAGCCUAUUACUGCUCCUGCCCCAAAGGCCUCACUAUAGCAGCAGAUGGAAGAACCUGUCAAGAUAUCGAUGAGUGUGCUUUGGGUGGACAUACCUGCCACGCUGGUCAGGACUGUGACAACACCAUCGGAUCCUAUCGCUGUGUGGUCCACUGUGGAACAGGCUUCCGAAGAACCUCUGACGGGCUGAGCUGUCAAGAUAUCAAUGAAUGUCAGGAAUCCAGCCCCUGCCACCAGCGGUGUUUCAAUGUCAUAGGAAGUUUCCACUGUGGGUGCGAAGCUGGCUAUCAACUCAAAGGCAGGAAAUGCGUCGAUGUGAACGAAUGUAGACAGAAUGUGUGCAGACCAGACCAGCACUGUAAAAACACCCGUGGUGGCUAUAAGUGCAUUGAUCUUUGUCCAAACGGAAUGACCAAGGCUGAAAAUGGGACCUGUGUUGACAUCGAUGAGUGCAAAGAUGGGACCCAUCAGUGCAGAUACAACCAGAUGUGUGAGAACACGAGAGGCAGCUACCGGUGCGCAUGCCCACGGGGUUAUCGGUCCCAAGGAGUUGGAAGACCCUGUAUUGACAUUAAUGAAUGUGAGCAAGUACCUAAGCCUUGUGCACAUCAGUGCUCCAACACCCCCGGCAGCUUCAAGUGUAUCUGUCCAGCAGGACAACAUUUAUUAGGGGAUGGGAAGUCUUGCGCUGGAUUGGAGAGGCUGUCGAAUUUUGGCAGUCAGUACAGUAGCUAUAACCUUGCACGAUUCUCCCCUGUGAGAAGCGACUAUCAACCUCCGCAGAGUUACAGACAGCACUCACAGCUCUACAGCUCCUACUCAGAGUAUAGGAACAGCAGAGCAUCUCUCUCCAGGAAUAGAAGGACUAUUAGGAAAACUUGCCCUGAAGGCUCUGAGGCAAACCAUGAAACAUGUGUAGAUAUUGAUGAAUGUCAAAACAGAGAUACUUGUCAACAUGAGUGUAAAAACACCAUCGGGAGCUACCAGUGUGUCUGCCCACCAGGUUAUCGACUCAUGCUCAAUGGGAAAACAUGCCAAGAUGUAGAUGAGUGUCUGGAGCAGAAUGUGCGCUGUGGGCCCAAUCGCAUGUGUUUCAACAUGAGAGGAAGCUAUGAGUGCAUCGACACGCCCUGUCCGCCCAGUUACCAGCGGGAUCCUGUUUUGGGGUUCUGCCUUAAAAACUGCCCACCCAAUGACCUGGAGUGUACCUUGAGCCCAUAUGCCUUGGAAUAUAAGCUUGUCUCGCUCCCAUUUGGGAUAGGUGCCAAUCAAGAUUUAAUCCGGCUGGUUGCAUACACACAGGAUGGAGUGAUGCAUCCCAGGACGACUUUCCUCAUGGUAGAUGAGGAGCCAGCUGUUCCUUUUGCCUUAAGGGACGAAAACCUGAAAGGAGUGGUGUACACCACACGUCCGCUACGAGAGGCUGACACUUACCGCAUGAAGGUGCGUGCUUUGUCCUACAGUGCCAACGGGACCAUUGAGUACCAGACCACAUUCAUAGUUUAUAUAGCUGUGUCUGCCUAUCCAUACUAGGAAGGACUCCAGAACCUAGUGCAAAUGUUUAAACUGCAUUAACCCUGGCAAUCAAGGACCCCUACAGUUUACUGUCUCUUGAACAGUUGCAAUCUUGGCGACGUGACAAUGGUGCUAUACUCCGUUAUGUGUGCUCCUUGGUACUGCUGAGGUGGCUGUAUGAUCACACCAUGAUUGUGUAUCCUUUAGAAGAGCCCUCUGUUAUUUUCUUUAUUUAUUACACUGGAGCAGUUGCUUCCCAACGAUUAUUCUGAUCAGCUAAUAGGACACAUCAGUGAUGUUGUAUAGUUACAUAGAAGCUAAGAUCAUUUUCUUGGAAACAAUGUUUAAAAAACUAAUUCAAAUAGAUUUCUGAGCAUUUGGCUAUUCUUAGAAUGGUAAAACCAGUUGCUAUGUAUUUUGAUAAAAGCUUAUGAUAUAAGA